CAUAGAGAUACUGUCUAAAGAUUUCUCUAGAAGCAUUAGAAGAUCCAGAUAAUCCUACUAGUGCUUCAGAGGCGUACACUGUGUCUGCUCCUCAUUUGAGUAAACUGUGGAGCUUUAAAUGUCCACUGACCAAAUCAAGACCAGUCACUUGUAUGGCAUGGAACACUGUCAAUAAAGAUAUUUUUGCUGUUGGUUAUGGCAGAUUUAACAUGUCAGAUGAAGAGAACUGUGGCCUAGUCUGCUGCUGGUCUUUGAAGAAUCCUGAAUAUCCCGAGAGAGUGUUCUAUGCUCCUUCUGGUGUCACUUCUCUCUCUUUCUCUCAUCACAAUCCAAACCUUCUAGCAUUUACAACAUGGUUUACCUAAUGUGUGAUCAUUCCUAAACAUGCAUAUGUACAUACAUGUAUGUACCGAGGAAGGAUUCAUUCACAAGUGUUCUUGCUCUUACAACGAGCAAUUUUUGGAGACAUACUCUGGACACAACGGUCCGGUGUAUAGGGUGAUGUGGCAUUCCUUGUUCAAUGAUUUGUUUCUGAGUUGUAGCAGUGACUGGAAUAUCUGUCUGUGGCAUCAAGACAAGUCUAAACCAUUACACACCUUCCAAGCCACACAAAAGCAAGAGUCAGUAAAGGCUGGUUCCCAGUCAGGCAGGAGAAAGACAGGCACUGAUGAUAGACUGGUUGAUCACAGCUCACAGGAGGCUGUGUGGAGCAUUGACUGGUCUCCUCAUGACCCAACAGUCUUUGGUUGCGUGAGAGGCAGUAGAAUAGAGAUAUGGAACAUGAAGCAUAAUGUUCUUGAUCCACUAAUAGUACACAAGCCACUCUCUGGCACUAGACAAACAUUCAUCAAAUUCUCUCAUAACUCUGAUGUCAUUCUAGUAGGAGAUUACAAAGGAGAAGUGUCUGUCUUUAUUACUAAGAACACUCCUCCUUGCCCUGCUAAUAAAAUGCAGGCUAUGUCUGAUGUUCUUGCUUCUCUAGAAAGCUCAAAGAAAUAAAUUGACAUUUUAAGCAAACAAGCAAAUAUAUACAUGUAUCACCCACAAGCAUGGAGAUCACUUACACACUAUUAAUGCACAUAAUUAUGACAAAAAUGAUUAUUCAAGUUUAAAAAUAAGAUAUUUAUCUAA